CUACAAAUAUGUGCCAUUCUGGAAGAAUAUUUUACAAUUAAUCAAUCAGUAAUCAGUGUUCCCUCCUUUCAUCUCACUUUAGUAUUAUUGGUUGCAUAAACACGAAGUUUAAUGUAUUUGAAUUUUAGAGUCGGCUUUUUAAAAUUGUCUGUAGCGCCGAAAUCGAUAAAGCACCGAAAUAAUUUCAUUCAGCUUUCUACACAUAAUAGUAGAUAGUUUAUUCAAAAAUUGUGAAUUUUUAUUUAACAAGUAUACGAACAUACCAUCCAAUAUAAGAAAAGAAAUGAGGCAUAAUGAACUGUUUCGAAUCAUCCAAUUGUUUCUGCUUAUUCAUGUAACUUCAUCAAGUACAGUUUUUAUAUCAGAUUAUGGAAUGUCAAAAAUGAUAGAACUCAGCACCAAAAUGCCAUACUGUGUUGUUCAAAUUGACAGGGGGAAAAUACGAGAUAAAUUGCUAAGUUCCGAUCCCAGAAGAGUAAGAAAAAUGAGCGACGACGCAGUAGAGAACCUAGCAAAUGUUUGUAAGGAAGAUAUCGAGUCGCCAUUUCAAGGUGGCUUUAUUUAUCCAGGAACCAAAUGGUGUGGACCAGGAACUAUAGCUAACGAUUAUUCGGAUAUAGGCUUCCUUUACAAAGAAGAUAUAUGUUGUAGAGAGCAUGAUCUAUGUACUAAAUCGUUGGCACCAGGUGAAUGUAAACAAGGAAUUUGUAACAAUUCUCCUUUUACAAGGUCUCACUGCGACUGUGAUGCAAGUUUCAGAAAAUGUCUUCAAACUGCUAAUACCGAAAACGCCAACACAAUCGGAGCCAUAUUUUUCAACGUCGUUCAAGUGAUUUGCUUUAAAGAAAGAACACCUUGUUCGCAAUGGCAAAGAAAUGGAUAUACAAAAGCUGAGGGUGAUGCACUGUGUUCGCAGAUUCACUUCAGACCUUCGGAGAAAUACGUUCCACUCAUGCCUCUGCCUUAAAACAAACAUACAAAACGACAUAAAGCAUUCCAUACCAAAAGCAAUACCAGAGGUAAAUCUAAAACGGUCUCGCACACAAAUAGACGGCAUUAAUUUUCCAUAAAAAUACCAAUAGUUUAAUUUUCAGUAAAAUGGAAACCUAAAAUAAACCUAAAAGGUGCAAUUUAUAAAAUUGUCAG